AUGCUUUGCGACUGGCCGUGCGAUUUGUCCAGAAAGACUGCAUCGACGGUCGUGAGCGCUCUGGAAGGGGCGGCGGGAAUGGAGCACGCCAUGUCGUUGUAUCGGGCCUGGGCGGACGCCUACGGGCUCUCCCCCGACUCGCUGCUUCCGCCCUCCCCCCUCUCCCUUCCGCCCUCCCUCCCCCCCGCCCCUCAUCUCGAGGACUGCGCCGCGCUCACAGCGCUGCGCCAGCAGGCGGAGCAGUGGGGGGAAGGGGGGGAGCCGCCAGCAUGGGCGGACCCACAGCCCGCUCAAGGAGUGCGAGGGGCGCCGGAAGGUGGGGCGCAGGGGGAAGGGGAGGGGGGGGCGGCGUGCUGCAGGCGCGCAGCCUCUGGGGAGGCGAGCGGCGAGUUCAAGGCGUCAGUGACGGUUGGCGCUGCAGCAGCCGCCUCCGCCUCUCCUCCCCUCACUGCCUGCUGCUCGUGUGUUCCCCAGCCGCCCUGGGUGCGAGGGGCGGACAGUGACAAUCUGGCGCUAACCAGAGUGGUGCAGAGGGAUGUGUGGGAGUGGCAGUUCCCCCCCUCCUGUGUCAGCCGCCGCCUGCUGGUGGUGCCAUGGCCCGAGGACCAGUGGCAUGGCAUGGGGUCGCAG